AUGAAUGGAACAAGCUACGCCAACUUUGACAACCAAGAGCACGUCUUGAAAUUAGGGGAGACGUUCGAGAAGCACCCCAAAAGUGCCUACCACACCGUGAGAUAUGAUUUCAAACCAGCUUCGAUUGACACAGCCCGUGAAGGAGAUCUGGAAGUGGGAAAAGGAGAGCAAGUCACCAUAACUUUACCAAAUUUAGAGGGCUCCAGCGCCCCAGUGACUGUUUUCAAGGGAUCCAAGCGCUCAUACAUGAAGGAGUGCAUCCUCAUUGUCAACCAUGACACCGGCGAGUAUCGACUAGAGAAGCUCAGUAGCAACAUUGCGGUCAAGAAAACCAGAGCUGAGGGCAGCAGUAAGAUUCAUUCCCGCUUGGAGCAGCAGCAGACGGGUCGUCUCGGCCAGCAGUUGAAGAACAGCAGCAGUGGUAGCGCAAGUGGAAGCAAGAGUUCAGCAGGAUCUAAAAGUUCUCCGCCAAAAGAAAAGACGGCGCCCGCGUCGCCGCUGGAUGAUAUUGAGAAAGGUAAGCUCAUGGCGGAGGCAAGAGUAAUGGACCAGAUGAGUAGCGCCAGUUCCUCCAACAGUUCUUCAUCCUCCAGCAGCGACGACAGCUCUAGCAGCAGCGACUCUGAGGAUGAGCGCGGCGGUAGCGCCGGCGCUCCCCCUGCUGCGCCCAUGGCUCAGAACAACCACAGCAUGCCUGUCCUCACCAGCAGCAGCUGCCAGCAGCCAGGAGGAGGGGGUGGCGCAGGAGGAGGACUCAUGAACACGCUCAAAAACGACCUACAAUUAAGCGAAUCUGGCAGCGAAAGCGACUGA